AUCAGCCAGUCGCACUUGCGUACGCCCGCGCAAGUUCGAAAAACAAUAAUGAAAGUUGACAGACAAUAAAAAUUCCUAGAGUCCGGCAUAAGUUCCAUCAAUGGGAGUAUUAAACGCAUCCUCCGAGUUCGGAUGGUCGCGGAUCAUAAACUGGCCGUUGGUUGAGUCUGAUGAUGACUUCAAGGAUAGAAACGAGGUACCCCCGGUGGACGUGAACGAGAUACCGAUAGCCGAUACCAUGCUGGCGCCGGAGUAUUUCGGGAAUUAUUUCGAUGUGGUGGUGGCUCAUACGGAAACUAGUGAUAUACAAAAAACAAUAUUUGAAAUUAAAACGAACAGUGCUACAUUGGUCAUGAAUGCUUCGCUGAAUACGACUGAAUCCCCGUUUAUCCCUGAAUUAAUGUACAGACAUUCCCUAGCUAUGACUAUUGUUUAUUGCAUCGCGUACUUUAUUGUGUUCGCUAUUGGACUUGUUGGGAAUUUUUUCGUUAUAGCUGUGGUUUUUCGAUCGCCACGCAUGAGAACUGUUACGAACUUUUUCAUUGUUAAUUUAGCUGUUGCCGAUAUUCUUGUUAUUGUGUUCUGCUUACCGGCUACCCUGAUGUCCAACAUUUUUGUUCCUUGGGUACUCGGUUGGUGGAUGUGCAAAACCGUUCCUUAUAUACAAGGCGUUUCUGUAGCAGCAUCUGUUUAUAGCCUAAUAGCAGUUUCUUUGGAUAGGUUCCUGGCGAUAUGGUGGCCAAUGAAAUGUCAGAUAACUAAGAGAAGAGCGAGGUUCAUGAUACUCCUGAUUUGGUUCAUAGCGCUCACAACAACCAUACCAUGGGCAAUUUUUUUCGAUCUCGUCGUCAUCUUCAGCGAUGCGCCAGAUGUCCAACUCUGUAUCGAAGUGUGGCCAGAUGCAAUGGAUGGGGCCCUAUAUUUUCUUGUAGCAAACAUGAUGUUCUGCUAUAUAUUGCCUAUGAUUCUGAUCACCAUGUGCUACGUCCUGAUCUGGAUAAAGGUGUGGAGGAGAGAUAUACCAACUGAUACCAAAGACGCUCAAAUGGAGAGGAUGCAACAGAAAUCGAAAGUUAAAGUUGUCAAGAUGCUGGUAGUCGUUGUUAUAUUGUUUGUUGUGUCCUGGCUACCGCUAUACGUAAUUUUCGCUAGGAUUAAGUUAGGGGGUGACAUUGAACCUUGGGAAGAAGAAGUUUUACCAAUCGCCACACCAAUAGCGCAGUGGUUAGGCGCCUCCAACUCCUGUAUCAAUCCUAUCCUAUAUGCCUUCUUCAACAAGAAAUACAGACGAGGGUUCAUUGCAAUAAUAAAGAGUAGAAAAUGCUGUGGGAGGCUGAGAUAUUACGAGACUGUAGCCAUGAUGUCCUCCUCGACAUCCAUGAGAAAAUCGUCCCAUUUUUACAAUAACAACUCCACCAAACGAAUUCAAAUGAACGAAAAUAAUGCGGUAGCCUAUAUUUUCAACGACACAGGGGUCUAGAGUCCUGGAAAUGGACGCCCUUGCGGUGGAUGGUUCAAUUGUCGACAAUUUAUUGUCAUUUUCUACCCGAUUUAAAUCGGGAUUGGGAGAUACUCAGUGUUUGUCUAAACUGACAAGAUAGUCAGUAUCUUUAAGUGUAUGUAUAGAUAGAUUGAAAAAUUAAGACGGAAUGAUUCGUAUUGGAGAUUGCACAAUAUUUUCUUAUGGGACUAAAAGGCAGAAUUGUUAAUGUAUGUAUUAUUUAACUGAGACUAUCUCUUGUUGUAGCUGUACAAGGUAGAGUUAAUUUUAAUUUUUAUUAGUAAGAACUCAAUUGUAUGUGAUUGUGCUUAAGGAUUUUAAUUGAGAGCAGAUAGUUGAUUGUUUAAGUUAGUUUGGAUGUCUAAUUAUAAGGUUUCAAAGCGAAACAGUUAGCUGCGUUCAUCAAAAUAGUACUGAAAAUAUUGAGUAUUGAUGAACGAUUAUUGCGUUGCACUCUUACAUCGCCAUCAAAAUAUCAUCCUGAAUAUAAAAUAGUUCUUCCGUGAAAAAAUGGAAGAAGAGGCCCUAAGAAAGAUUCGAUUUCCAGUUCUCUCAUCGUCGUUUUAUCUUUUUAUCAGAAUGGAAUCAAUCGACCAAUUCAUAAAAGCGAAUAUGCACUGCAAAUUUUUCUGUGAUCCUAUAUGCUUCUCAAAAUAAUGAAAAGUUCUUCACAUUGAUCCAAUAAGAACUGCUGAAGACCAUAUCGGAUAUUCCGAUUUUUAUCACUGAUUUUUACAGGGUCUAUUCUCUUAAGAGUAGUGUUUAAGUACUAGAAUAAAAAAGAGAGAUCAAAACAUUAUAGAGGAUUCAUUUCUCACACAGCGAGAAGGUAACUAGAUGGAUUGAGGAAUCUCAUAAAGUCAUGUUCAAAAUUAUCGCAAUAAAUAUGAAUAUCAUAUAUUUU